UACGAAAUUUCACAUCUUUAAAAAGAAAUUAUAUAUAUAUAUAUAUUGAAUUUGAUGAUCAAAUUAUAUAAUUAUACUGUAAAUACAAAAUUAAUAGAAACUAUUUAAUAUCAUCAUCUACACCAAAAUAAAAUUAUCAGAACAUUCCAAAUUUUGAUUCCUACAUAUUUUUAUACAGUAGAAAACAUAAAAUAUAAAAAAAAAACAAAUUAAAAUGUACUCCACUUUUAAAACGGUUUUAGGACAGUUCUAUAAAAACGCGGCUACUCAAACUAGGGUUCAGGCCUUCUCCCCCUAUAUUACGGUUUUCUGCUUUCAUUCCUUUUCUUUUUUUUUGGAGGGGGUAAAAUGUUAAGAAGAGGUUUUCUGCUUAGAUCUAAAACGUCUUCCAAGACUGUGGCGCCAAAAGAGGUUCCACCCUCGGAACCACCGUUUCUGACGACGACGUCACUUCCCCAUGACAUCGUCGUUAACAUCUUAGCCCGCGUAUCGAGAUCCCACUAUCCAAAGCUCUCCCUCGUCUCCAAGUACUUCCGAUCGAUCGUUAGGUCGCGUGAGAUAUACGCGAGACGCUCCUCCUUGGGAUGCACGGAGCACUGUCUUUACCUCAUCCUCUACAACCUAAGAACCAAGGAGAACCGUUGCUACAUUCUCCUCCGGAGUACAACCAACGGCAGUCACCCCCGCUUGGUCCUUGUCCCUUCGCUUCCCGUUUUGCCGUCCCGACCGUAUCCUUCAAGCUUUGCUGCGGUUGGCUCGAAGAUAUACAUGUUUGGCGACGGUAACGACGGCAGUACGGCGCUAAGCAUUGACUUUGAGUCUCACACCGUGCGAUCUCUCCCUAGCAUGCCUGCGCCUUUGGUUUAUACAGUCGCUAACGUCAUCGACGGGAGAAUCUACGCUAUUGGACGUGAUGACAGGGACUUGGACAAGAUGAUGGUGGUGGUGUUCAACACGGAGACGCAAACGUGGGAGCCUGAGAAGACAACGGCUGACGUAGAGGCAGGUGACAUGUAUCAUGGAAGUGUGGUGAUGGCUGGUAAGAUGUACACUAAAGAUUUUGAUAGCAGCUAUGUUUACGAGCCAAAGGGGAGGAAAUGGGGAACGGACGAGGGUAUGAACUCUAAGGAGUGGAGGUAUGGGUGCGUUGUUGAUGAUGUGUUGUACUAUUACGAAUGUGAAGAAGAUUGUGAGAAAGAGUUGAGAGGGUUUGAUAGAAAGGAGAGGUGUUGGCGAGUGGUGAAAGGUUUGGAGGGGUUGUUGCAUGAGACGAGAAGUUCACUGUGGUCACAGACUGGGAGUUACGGUGGGAAUCUAGCUUUGUUUUUCCCUAAAGGAGAUGAAAGAAGAGGCGAGGAGAUUUGGUGUGCGGAGAUAUCGCUGGAGAGACGUCAAGGAGGGGAGAUUUGGGGUAAGGUUGAGUGGUGUAAUCGUCUUGUGACUGGGUUUCAAUUGACGGAAUCUCUAGACGUUGUUGUUUGA